AUGCGACCGUGUCUACCGGACCCGGUGGUGGCCGGGCUGAAGGUAGGGAUCACGGAGCAGCGAUUCGGUGACUGGUGCGAGUCAUUCCGCUACAUUCCGGCGUUGCAAGAGCGGAUUCGGAUGAUCGACAGCGGAGCCACCGUGGAGCUACUGACUUACAAUCACAAAUUUCUCCGCUUCUUUAUGGCGCCUAGUGCAACACGCGAAUCACUGAAGAUGUGCAGGCCUGUCGUCGCCUUGGACGGGACUUUCCUGAUCCAUGCUCAGAAGGCUACUCUGCUGUACGCCAAUGCGAUGGACGGCAAUCAGCAGAUCAUCCCCAUCGCGUGGGCGCUCGUUGAGAGCGAAACCAAGGACACAUGGACUUGGUUUUGCCGGCUCUUUGAUAAGCACUGUUCAGACUGGAAGGGACGAGACGACGCGGCCAUCAUCAGCGACCGGGACAAAGGCCUCAUCCCGGCGGUGAAGGAAGUGUUCCCAGAGAAGGUGAAGCACAUGCAGCAGAACGUGAAGCGGUUCGGGAAGACUUCUGCGGACAUGUUAUGGCGACUUUUGACAGCCCGGUCUCUGGACAAGUACAACGAGCUCAAGGGCCGUCAGCAGCGCCCCGCCCAUCCGCAGCACCGUCGCCCGCUACUACGACUCGCCCAUCCGCUGCACCUGCAUCAUCCGCAGCGCCCCACCCAUCCGCUGCACCGUCACCCGCUUUUGCGACUCGCCCAUCCGCUGCCCUGCAUCAUCCGCAGCGCCCUGCCCAUCCGCUGCACCGUCACCCACUUCUGCGACCCGCCCAUCCGCAGCGCCUUCAUCAUCCACAGCGCCGAGCCCAUCCGCCGUGCCAUGGCCUUCUGCAGCCCCUCGCCCGGCCACUACUGCAGGGCCAUUCGCAUCACCGUCACCCUCCACUCCGUACGACCCAUCCACAGCACCAGUCGAACCACCAACUGCGGCACCAACCCGCCAGCCACCACCAACCGCGGCACCAGCCCGUAA